CUUCCCUUUUCAACCCCAUCACUUUCCCUCUGUGUUAAAGCCUCCUUUUCGUCUUUUAUACUUUUCGAUAUAUCCAAGAACACACAGCAACAACGUCAUGUCUAAGAAGUUCACGAUUGAAGAAGUUGCGAAACAUAAGUCUGAUAACGACUGCUGGAUCAUUGUCAAUGACAAAAUAUACGAUGUAACCAACUUUCUGGAUGAUCAUCCCGGUGGCAAAAAGGUUCUUCUCAAGGCAUCCGGUACCGACGCGACCAAGCAAUUCAACGCGUUCCAUAGCCCCUCCGUUCUCGAAAAGUACGGACCAAAGUUUCUGAUCGGUGAAGUUGGCACUGGUAUCGAGGAAGCUGCUCUAGAUGAAGAAGAGGAACGGUCGCCUCUUCAAAUCGGAGAAACCUUUGGUGAUAUGGUGCCGUUUGGUGAUCCAAUGUGGUAUCAGGAUUGGUAUAGUCCAUUUUACAAUGACUCGCAUCGUGCUGUGCGCAAGGCCGUUCGUGAUUUUGUCGAAAAGGAAAUCAUGCCAUAUACUUAUGAAUGGGACGAAGCCAAGAAAUUGCCCCAAGAAUUAUUCGAAAAAGCAGCCAAGGCUGGUAUCCUCACUGCUUGCUGUCAUCAUGCACCCGCUGACCUGAUUCCUUAUGGCUACCCCGCUGGCGUCAAGCCUGAAGAUUGGGAUACGUUCCAUAACGUUGUCGUUGCUGAUGAGCUGUCGCGGUGUGGUUCUGGCGGUGUAACUUGGGGUUUGAUAGGCGGUCUCGGUAUCGGGCUUCCUCCUGUUAUUCUGUUCGGCUCCGAUUACUUGAAAAAAAAGGUUGUUCCUGGCAUUUUAAGCGGCAGGGAAUUCAUUUGCUUAGCUAUUACUGAGCCUAGUGGUGGAUCGGAUGUCGCAAACUUGGUCACUGAAGCUAAGGAUAUGGGUGACCACUAUCUUGUCAAUGGCGAAAAGAAAUGGAUUACCAAUGGCGUUUUCGCCAACUACUUUACUGUGGCUGUUCGUACCGGCGGUCCUGGUUUUGAAGGAGUCUCCUUCUUGCUAAUUGAGCGCACCAUGCCUGGUGUCUCUACGCGUCAGAUGCACUGUUCCGGUGUCUGGUCGUCCGGCACUGCCUAUGUUACUUUUGAGGAUGUCAAAGUCCCAAAAGAGAACUUGAUUGGUGAAGAAAACCAAGGUUUUCGGUACAUUGUUGCGAACUUUAAUGCAGAACGUAUGGGUAUCGUCAUCCAAGCAAAUCGAUUCGCUCGUGUCUGCAUUGAAGAGUGUCUCAAGUAUGCCCACAAGCGCAAAACUUUUGGGAAGCGCCUCAUUGACCAUCCAGUCAUCCGAAAUAAGCUCGCUCACAUGAUUCGACAAGUCGAAGCAACGCAUGCAUGGAUGGAAAUCCUGGCGUAUCAAUCACUUCAUAUGCCCUUGGAAUUGCAGCCCCUCCGUCUGGGAGGAAACAUUGCAUUGUGCAAGGCUCAAGCAACACAGACAUUCGAAUACUGCGCCCGUGAAGCUGCCCAAAUCUUUGGUGGCCUUUCCUAUACCCGCGGUGGCCAAGGCGAAAAGAUUGAGCGUCUGUAUCGUGAAGUGCGCGCGUUUGCUAUACCUGGCGGCUCUGAAGAAAUUAUGCUGGAGUUGGGCAUCCGGCAAUCUACAAAGAUCGGCCAAUUUAUGGGUGCAAAGUUGUAACAAUAACAGCUGCAAUAAUACACUUGUCCAAAUUGGAAUAUCACUAAAUAAACCAAAAGAAGAAACC